AUGCUUUCUCGAACAUGGUUGCUGAUGGCAGCCGCCGCUCCAUUUGUUAUGGCUGACGGCGGCGGGCACGACCCAGCCGAGGCAGCAGCUGGUCUCCUCAACGACAAAACAAUCAAAUACACCGCAGUCACUUGGGCGAUCAUUAUCGCCUGUCUCCUGGUCUAUCGAUGGACCCUCAAUCUCAUCCAACACGUACGGCAACUCGCAAACUUGAACCAUGGCACGUCAAGCGACGGUAGACAGCGCUACUUUAGCAUUCCCGACGAGAAGUGGGCGAGGAUCAAGCGCUACUUUAUUGUCGCGCCUCUUUUCAACCGCAGACACAACCGAGAGUUCCGCUUGUCUGCUGCGAUCAAUGUCGGCACUCUGCCUGGCCGAAUGCAAACGUUUUGGCUGCUGGGGUACUUCGCUUUGAAUAUCACAUUUACAGUCUGGAACAUCGACUGGAGCGAUGGCGAGAAGUUUCGCUCGCAAGGACUGGGAAGGACGGGUGUCCUGUCUGUGCUGAACAUGAUUCCCCUCUUCCUACUUGCUGGCAGGAAUAACCCGCUCAUCUGGCUUCUCGGCAUCUCUUUCGACAACUACAACUUGAUUCAUCGCUGGUGCGGCCGUAUCGUCGUCCUGGAGGCAGUAGCGCAUGUGGCAUUCUGGAUGUCGGGGAAGCUCAUCAAAAACGGAGCAGAGAAGGGCUGGCAAAUCAUUGGAGCCUCAAUGGCCGGCAGCACAUUCAUCUUGACUGGCACUAUCGGCUUCGGCGCCUUCUGCGGUCUCCUCCUCCAAUCCCCCUCGAUUAUCCGGCAUGCGUUUUACGAGGUCUUCUUGCAUGUCCAUAUUCUACUCGCCAUGACCUCCGUGGUGGCGGUGUGGAUGCAUUUGGACGGCAGGCCCGCCCAGGCCUUGCUUCUUGGAGCUCUUGUUUGCUGGAUCUUCGAACGCCUGGCUAGAGUAUAUCUUAUUGUCCGAAACAACUUUGGGAAGCGAGGUAUCACAAAGGCCGAGAUCGAGGCACUGCCCGGCGAUGCUCUUCGCGUCACUCUGCGCACAUCUAGGCUCUGGAAGUUCCACCCCGGCCAGCACAUCUACCUUUACAUCCCUAGUAUUGGCAUGUGGACUAGUCACCCGUUCUCUAUCGCCUGGAGCGAAGAAUCAGCCGACUUGGCGAGUGAGAAGUCCCUUCCGAUGGCUCGUCAGGACAUCUUCGCUGCGCAGACAAAAUCGACCUCCCUCAUCAUUCGUCGUCGUACAGGUUUCACGGACACUCUUUACAAGAAGGCAGAGCAGUCCAAGUCUGGCCCAUUGGUCACCAACGCUUACGUGGAAGGACCCUACGGCAAUCAAAGUUUCCAAUCGUACGGCACCGUCAUGCUGUUCGCGGCUGGUGUCGGUAUCACACACCAAGUACCACAUGUACGAGACUUGGUAGCCGCAUACGCAAAUGGAACAGCUGCAACCCGGAAGGUUGUCCUGAUUUGGAUCAUUCAGUCACCCGAGCACUUGGAGUGGAUCCGUCCAUGGAUGACACAGAUUCUGGGAAUGGAGAAGCGUCGCGAUAUCCUGAAGAUCUUGCUGUUUGUAACCCGUCCGCGAAGCACCAAGGAGAUUCACUCUCCGAGUGCUAGCGUUCAGAUGUUUCCAGGCAAACCUGAUGUCGGCGCUCUCAUCGCCAAGGAGCAAGAGCACCAAGUAGGUGCCAUGGCUAUCAGUGUUUGUGGCACUGGAGGAUUGAGUGAUGAUGUAAGAAGAGGCAUGAGGGAUCGCUGCGAAAAUACGGAGAUGGAUUUCUUCGAGGAGGCUUUCUCAUGGUAG